AUGGACGCCUCCUCCCUCCGCAUCUCCAAGUUCGAUGGAACUAACUUCCACGCCUGGAAGUUCAAGAUGCAGAUGGUGCUGGAGGAACGGGACCUAUGGGAGGUCGUCAGCGGUGAGAUCAAGGCGGAACAGUGCGAGACUCCAGUUGGACCAAGCGACGUACAAGAGGAAGUCAAGAAAGGCGAUGGCAGUGAUCUGUUGGAAGACCACUUCGAGAAGAAGAGUCUUGCCAACAAGCUGUUCUUGCGCCGUCGCUUCUUCACGACAAUGAUGGAAGAAGGCGACGAUGUGCUCGAACACAUCAACAAGCUCAAGACGCUGGCGGAACAGCUAGAAGCGGUGGGGGCUCCAGUCUGCGAGGACGAUCUGGUGAUCACACUCCUCGGCAGCCUGAGUGACUCGUAUCAAUUCUUGAUCACAGCUUUGGAGUCGCGCUCAGACACUCUUAGCUGGGAGCUCGUGACGUCUCGACUGCUUCAUGAAGAAAUGAAGCGGAAGGAGCAAGGAAGUAAAGGUGAUGAAGCUUCGCAAGGUCAAGCGUUCAUCACAAGGGACAAUCAGCGCAAAGGGCGACCAGUGAAGAAGUCCUGGCCGUGCCACAAUUGCGGAAAGAUUGGUCACUGGAUGGCGGAGUGUCCCUCGCGCAUCCAAGAAAACACGGAGAGACACCGGCCACAGCGUGCUCAAGACAGCGGCGACCGCUAUCGAUCACAACGUGCAAACGUCGCUCAAGAAGAAGACUCGGGCGACUACCUCUUUUCGAUCGGUGAAACGACAUCUGCGAAAUCGAGCGACAUCUGGCUGGUCGACUCCGGGGCGACGCAGCACAUGACGUGCUCCAAGAAGUUCAUGCGGAACUACAAGGGGUUUGACGCUGUGGAUGUCCAUCUCGCGGAUGAUGGAAUCUGA